AUGGGGAUCAGGAGCCAUCUUGCGCCCGAGCGAUGGCCAUGGCAUGCCUGGCCGGUGACGGCGCUGCUGAGUCUCUUGGCCGGCCUGGUGUACAUGUACGCCGAGGUGCAGUUUGUGAACCUGGUCUCGCAGCCCACCGAGCAAGAUCUGGUUUAUCGAGACUACCAUCAACAUUAUCCAUCCUGGGAGGCUAAGACUGGCGCACGGUGGCUCCGCGAGGAAGCAGGGCUGGCUAUGAGCCCGCGUCAUGCCGUAGAACUCAACAACAGCGCUGAGCAUUCAUGGCAGCAGCUGAGCAAGGCGCUGCUGGCUAGCAACUUGAGUGAGGCAGACAAGCAUGUCUUGUUGGCCCGAACAGCGCGAGAGGGACGAACACGCGGCUGUGCAGAGGACACUUCAUUGCGGUGGCUGGUGGAGCACCAGACCCCCACUUUUCUGUUUUUGGGCGUGCAGAUUGGCCUGGUCAUGUACAUGGUGGUUCGGACGGGUUAUCGCCAAACGGCGUUUGUGCAUACCGUCUGGUUGCACAUUUUGACACGGGCCUUGCGGUCUUUAUCCUUCUUAUCGACAACGCUGGGGCCUCUGAAUCCCAACUGCCGGCUAAUCUUCAAGCAUGCGAGCGAAUCGGGAGGAUGUGGUGAUUUGUUAUUCAGCGGGCACGGUACAUUGGUGGCAUCGACCAUCAUGACCGUCUUUUUUCACGUGAGCAAUCUGUUGUGUUGGCCCGCUCUCGGAGCUAGGCCAGCCGAGGCUUUCAACUUUGCCUGCCAUGCCUUUGCUCUUGCCUUUGCAAAGCUUUCAUCCUCUUUGUGUGGCAUCGUCACGCAGCCUCAACCGCGAGUGCCGUGGGCACUGCGGCUGGUGUUUCUGGCUCUUGGGGUGCACUCGAUGUUUGUCAGCGCGAUGGAGCGGUUUCACUACACGGUGGACAUGGUGCAGGCGGUGGCGGUGACGGUGUUGAUGCAUUUGGCCUUGAAUGCCGCGACGCGCUACACUGACAAGCUUCCGGAAGUGGUGACUAAUAUAGUGCAGACAGUUAACAUGUUUAUGACCUUGGAUAUUCCGUGUGACUUCUCACCAAGAGAGGAGAGAGAGAGAGAGAGGAAAUCAAUCAAAUAUUGCCUCUCCCGCGAGCAAGCAACUUGCAACAACGACUGCGAAUGGGUGGAAUGGCGCGAUCUCUGCUACGCCCGAGAUACGGGCGCUGCUUGUGAGUCAUAUCCUGACGAUCCCAACAGCUGCCCCGUUCGCUGCACCUAUGACUAUGCCAGCACUGGCUGUCGUGCCGCCACCUGCUCUGAUUUCGGUUCCAUCGCGUGUUCCAACUCUAGCUAUCACCCCGCGCUGCAAUGUGAAUUCUAUGACGACAUUGCAAAGUGCUUGCCCCAAGGAGAGGCCCCGACAUGUCAAGAUUAUUCCAGUUCUUCGAGGCCGCUGUGUGAGAACAAUACCCAAACCUCAUCCCCCUGCGUCUGGGACGACAACUCGCUUCACUGUCGUCCACAGGGCACCCCGCUUCCCUGUCGGUUUACCGACAUUGACUCGUGCAGAAACAGCGAUGCUUGCACCUAUUACGAGCGUUUCGGUUACUGUGGCAACAGCACCGUUCCAGUCCCUUGCAAUAUGAUGUCCGUCGACUAUCGCUCUUGCAUGGCCGCUGACCACUGCUGCCACGACAACUCCGUUUGCAUGGACCUGGCUCAGUACUCGGGCACUUGCCCCAAGCCCGUCAAAGACUGCAACCAGUACUCCUCUGCUGAAUGUCCCAGUAUGAUGUGCAGCGUAAAUCCCGACACCAACGCCUGUGAGGACCCCGCCUGCGCGAAUGUCGGAGCUGCCAUGUGCGAGGAUUACGCCGAUUGUUCCGCAAACUACGGCCAGUGCUUUCAAAAAGACGAUUUCAGCAAGUCUUGCUCUGAAUUCGCCAACGGGGCCUGCCCUGUCCGUUGUCAGGACGGCGCCACCGCUUGUGAACCCCGCGAAUGCUCUUCUGUCGUAACGGAAGAGUGGUGUACCGACUUGGGUUGCACGUAUGCCCAAAACAUGUGUCAAAACGCUAGCGCCACACCCUCGACCACGGCGAUGCCCAAUGUGUGCCCGGGCCUGCCCGAGGUCAACUGUUCGGUCGAGCCCAGUUGCGAGUUUUGCACCUCAGACAACCAAUGUCAUCGUGAGGGCGAAUGUCCGACCACUACCGCUGCCCCCGUCACCACCAUCGAUCCUAGUUUGCCGUGUGAACAGCGCUUCAGUCCCGAAGCUUGCGUCGACGCUUGCAUCUGGGACGAUCUCACCAACGACGGUACCUGUCGCGAAGAGUACUGCUACGAGCGCUAUUCCGAGUCCGCCUGCCAAAACAAGGCCGACUGCAGUUGGCUCAGCGAUCGCGAAGUAUGCUCGCCCGUUGACACCAGCCAAGCGUGCGACAGCUACAGCGUUGAGGCCUGUCCUCAAACACGCUGCUUCCCGCUGGGCGUUGACAACGAAGCUUGCCGAGACCUCCGCUGCAGCGAUCUCAGUUCUGAGGCCGUGUGCAACUCAAGCUCCCUGAACUGCAAAUUUAGCCAAGAGGCUGACCGUUGCUUUGACCAAGACGAGCAAGUGCCCUGCACGUACUACGGCACUGCGGCCUCUUGCCCCGACUACUGCAGCUUUGUCGAGGAUCUAUCCUUCUGCACGGACCCUGACACGGCCAGCAGCUGCGAGGUGUAUAACGGCGAUCAAGCACGCUGCCUCAGCCACGGCGAUCGUUGCCGCUUCGUUGCAAAUGGCGCCUACUGCCUGGCCAUCAAUGAGAGCCUGCCGUGCAUGUACCUCGCUCGCGACGACUGCCUCUACAGCGACUACUGCACUUAUAAUAGCUCGGGCCUGCAGUGCUCGCCCUGCGCUGCUGGCCAGAGCGCCUCCUGUGUUCAGGCUUGUCCAACCUACGAUGCCAACUGCAACGGCAUAUCAGACGGCGAUACGUGUGGUGCCGAUACCCCGCUUUGCCGCUGGGACGGCAACGACACCUGUGCUCCCGUGUCCUGUUUUGACCUGGGCGACGAGCGCUGUGCUUGCGAUCAGAAGUCAUGCAACUACAUCUCUACCCGUCGCCAGUGCACCGACGUCGAUAGCGGCGCACCAUGCGCUGAACUCACUUCCAACGCGGCCUGCCUGGCUGCACUGCCCCGCUGCGUGCCUACAACCAACGUUUAUGGCGGCUUUGACACCUGCGCGCCAAUGACGUGCGACGCCCUUACACUGGCAGAGGAAUGCACCACUUUUCUUCAGGGCACCUGUGUGUUUGUCGACAACGUGGACGAUCAAGGUGGGCGUUGCAAGAAUGCCACCGCCCCCGAUCCGUGUAACGAAAUUACCAUCGCUGCCACUUGCGCCGCCUCGGAGGACUGCCAAUGGGACAGCGCUCGUGCCUUCUGCAAUGUGCAGGGCGAGGCCACACCCUGCCACCUCUACGAUGCGGCCUCGUGCCCCGACACGCGCUGCAUCUACUACGAUGCUAUUGAGCAGUGCCUGGGUAAAGAAGAUCCCGUUGACUGCCAUCUGUACACUGAUGAGACGCGCUGCGCGGAAGACCCCACCUGUACGUUCAACGUGUAUGCAAACCGCUGUUACGACCUCAAUUCGACCGUUCCUUGCAUGGUCUACCAGACGGAGGCCGCCUGUACCUUUGUGGGCGGUUGCCAAUACGACUCGAGCCAGGGCUGUCAGCCGUGCAGCGAUCCUACCGAGUGCGCCGCUCCCGCAGACCUUCCGGCCUGUAGCUCGUUCAGUGCCGCCGAGUGUCCAGCCUACUACUGCAGCUCGUUCGGGACCAAUUCCUGUGAGCAGCGGGACUGCGGCCUUGUCUCCUCUCGUUUCUAUUGUGAGAUUCUCGACGCAUGUGUCUACGACGCCUACCAGGAGGAGUGCUUCGCGGCCGGACACGAGACCCCGUGCCAAGCGCUGCCCACCGCGACCUCCUGUACCCACGACAACGACGGGCGGACUCAGACAUGCGAAUGGCGAGAUGCCUACGAUGUCUGCGUUAACACCGGCGCAGAUGUGCCCUGCACGUACAUCUUCAGUUCCAGCGAAUGCACUGCACGCGACGAUUGCACCUUUGCUGACAAUGCUUGCAGUUCCCUGGAUGUGACCACGACCACGAGCACCACUACUGCUUACGUCAAUGCCUGCCUGCUGGGGCCAUGCGGUUUGCCCGAACUCUGCCAUCCGGGCACCGAAUCCAAUACGUACACGUGUGAUCCUUGCCCCGCGGGCUACACCGGCGAUGGCUACACAUGCGAGGAGGUGGUGUGCCCGACUACCAUCCCCGGUUUGGAUGCCAAUGCGCGGAAUGAUGCCUGCGUCAACGUGGCGUACGGCGCGACCUGCGUCCAGCGCUGCAGGACGCACUAUGUCGUGCCGGACGGCAUUUCCAAUACGUUCGUUUGCGGCGGUGACGGCUCUUGGGAGGGCAACUUGACGUGCGAGCUCCAAGACCUGUGCGCGGAUAGUCCGUGCGAUCCACUCAGCAACUGCUCCUUUGCCAGCGGUGUGGUCUCCUGCUCCAACUGCCCGACAGGGUACACGACCUAUCAGGAAGGUCGCGUGUGCCGGGACAUUGACGAGUGCGCGCAGCAACGCGCCGGCAUUGCUCAAUAUUGCCCGGCGCUGCGUGAAUGCGUCAACCUGAAUGGAACCUACGAGUGUGAGCCCUGUCCCUCGGGCUAUACCCAAGCACCCAAUGGGACCUGCAUCGACGACGAUGAGUGUGUGGAUGAUCCUUGCUAUCCGGGUGUAGGCUGCCAAAACUUGGCGGGUUCCUUUGCGUGCGACGUUUGUCCCGACGGGUAUGAAGGCGAUGGUAUUGGUAGCUCAGGUUGCACGCCCAAGGAUUGCGGUACCCAGCCCACAAUCACCAACGCCGAGGUGGACUGCGAAGCCACCACCUUUGGGACCGUGUGCGAUGUGUCCUGCGAAGUGGGCUACGUCAACACGUCGGCCUUGCUCGUGCGGUGCGGCGCCGAUGGCUGGGAAACUGGUUCUGCCUUCCCGUGCGAGUACCGCACCUGCAGCGCGGGGGUGUCGGAGAGCGACUUUGAAGGCAUCGGCACGACCGACUGCACCGCCAGCAAUGGAGCUGGCAGUUUCUGUGCCGUAUCUUGUGCGGCCGGGUAUGCGGCGGACAGCCCCAGGCUCUACUGCGCUGGUUCCACUUGGGCAUGGCCUUCUGACGGCGCGGUGUGCACGGCUUGCGUGGAGGGCACGACCUAUCAGGAUGAAGCGGGGGCCGCGAGCUGCAAGCCGGUCUCCUCCGCCUGCCCCGCCGGUUCAUACCAGUCCGGCCCAGCGACAACCACCUCGGACAUUGAGUGUACGCCCCUGCGAUCAUGUGGGGCGUUUAGCGUCGAAACGGCAUCGCCCACCAGCACCACGGAUCGCCAAUGCGCGGCCUGCAACACGUGCGAGGACAACUCCUAUCGCACGGGUGGCUGCGCCAAUGGCGUCACAACCGUUACGUGCACGCCUUGUGCUAGCUGUGCGGACGACGAGCAUGUGGCGACCUACUGCGGCGUGACAGGCCCCACACAGCCAACCGAGUGCAAAGCAUGUCCCUUUGGCACGUAUGGCAUCGAUGGUGCACCGACCUGCUUUGCUUGGACCGCCUGCGCGUCGGGACAGAUGGAAUCUCAGGCGCCGUCUUCGCGUCGCGAUGCCACAUGUGGUCCGAUCCGCGCUCUUCCUGGGGCCAACCGUUUCUUCUUGAGGCGCUCCUUCGAGCUGACCAAUGUGGGGGGCACGCAGGAUCUGACUCAGAACACGCUUGCGCGGCGAAUUUUCAUCAACGCUGUGCGAAAGCUCUUCAUUUCGGCCGUGGACAUGGAUGAGGUGCGCGUGGGCGUGGUGGCUGUUGACACGCGUCGUCGCGACUUGAACCAAGUCGUGGACGUGAUUGUGGAGCUACCUACGAGCUUGAACCAGGGCGAGGCCGCUGCCAUGUUGGAUGACACUGACGAACUGGUUGCUGAGCUUCAAAACCCGGCCAUUCGUUCGGGCGCAAACGAGCAGCCCACGAGCAGUGAGAAUCCGUUCAGCGAGCAGAGUGCCCCAGACUUGGCAGCGGUGAAGAUGACGACGACGACGACGACGACCACAACCACGACGACGACGACCACGACCACGACCACGACGACCACGACGCGCCGUCGCACCACAACCUCAACGACAACAACGACAACCACGACGCCGUCCAAUGGAGGGCCGCAGUCAUCAUCGAAUCCGGUCGGCGGCGAGCAGUCGACGGGGGAGGAGUCGAGUAACGAUGACACCACGUUGGUCAUCAUCAUUGCCGCUGUGGCCGGUGGCAUCGUGAUUGUCAUUGUCGCGGUUGGCAUCGCGGUUGUGCGGCGCCGUCGUCAGGGUGGUAUGGACAUCUCCUCGGGUGAGGGCUCAUCUCUGACCAAAGAUUACGAUAUUUACGACGACUGGACCAACAUGCAUGAAAUGAUGGCACACAAGACGCUGGAGACGACUGCCGCGGCACCCACGGCGGCGCGCGCUUCUCGGCAGUCCUCCUUCUACUCGUCGAUUCAAAAGGCCACCUCGGAGGCAUAGCUUGAGCCACAAUCGCGUGAUCUUUGCCUUUUCUUGCCUUCCUCUUGAGUUUUGGGUGGGCGUCUGUUUGGGGUCCACUCUCCAUUAAGUCUUUUAGGUUUUUGAUUUCAUCUUCACUCUCUAUACUCUUGUGAUUCCCUCAUUCUUGCUUUUGUUUGACCU